UAUAGAGUAUAGAGUUUAGCACAGUAUAGAUUAUAGAAUAGUUGCAGUUGGAGGUAGCAUGGUUGUAGUUGUUGCCUGAGUCGUUGAGAUUUUUAUUUAUUUAUAAUUUUAAUUAGAUUUUUAUUCAACAAUUAUUGUGGCAAUUAUUGUUUCGAAAAUACAAUAAUUCAAUAAUUUUCGGUACAUUUUUUGUAGCUGUUUUAAAAUAUUUAUUCUACAGAAUAAAUUAUAUAAAUAAUAUAUUAUUGUCAUAAACAUAAUGGACGGAAAAAACAAAUUUGUAAGCCCUUUCUACCGACCCUGGAUGACAACGUAUGGAGCUGCUGCACCAGCUGGUGGAUCCAACAAGGGUCUGAAGGGCAUUGUUGCUGGUGGAAUAACUGGAGGUAUAGAAAUAUGUAUUACUUAUCCAACAGAAUAUGUAAAAACACAAAUUCAACUCGAUGAAAAAGCUGGUGCUAGAAAAUAUAAUGGUAUAAUGGAUUGUGUUAAAAAGACUGUGAAAAGUCAUGGUAUAUUUGGUCUAUAUCGUGGGCUUAGUGUGUUACUUUAUGGAUCUAUUCCAAAAUCAGCUGUUAGGUUUGGUGCAUUUGAAGCUCUUAGCACUCAAUUUGGAGGCAGUGGAGAAUUAACAGCUACUCAAAGAGUGUUGUGUGGUCUUGGUGCAGGCGUGUCUGAAGCCAUACUUGCAGUCACUCCCAUGGAAACCGUGAAAGUGAAAUUCAUUAAUGAUCAACGACUAGAAAAACCUAGGUUCAAAGGUUUUUUCCACGGGACUAGUAUUAUUAUCAGAGAGCAAGGUAUUAGUGGUGUUUAUCAAGGAUUAAUGCCAACUAUAUUGAAACAAGGUACUAACCAAGCAAUCAGAUUUUAUGUAAUGGGUGCAUUAAAAAAUCUUUACAAGGGAGAUGAUCCUAACAAACCAGUACCUAAACUAUUAGUUGGAGUUUUUGGUAUGGCAGCGGGUGCUGCCAGUGUUUACGGUAAUACACCAUUGGACGUAGUUAAAACACGUAUGCAAGGACUAGAAGCACAUAAGUACAAAAGCACAGUUGACUGCAUGCUUCAAAUAUGGAAAAAAGAAGGACCUACAGCAUUUUACAAAGGAACUGUACCUCGGCUUAGCAGAGUGUGUUUGGAUGUUGGUAUAACUUUCAUGAUUUAUGAUUCAUUCAUGGAUCUCUUCAAAAAAGUAUGGCCUUGAGUUACCUAAUAAAAAAAAAAA